AUGUCUUUAGAAAGAUUUGAAUUCGACCGCAGGAGUAUCGGUGCCUGGAUCAAGUAUGAACUUGACGAUCCGAGAGGAUACGGUUCUGAAUGCUUUAUGAAGCUCGACCAGAACAUCUUCCCAUUCUACGACUUCACUGUGGAAGAACCCACAGGAACUCCAAUCUUUAAACCCCGUCAAGGAUGCCUCAUUCGAGUCACACCGCUAUCUGCGGCAGCAUAUCUGGGAGAUGAGGAUGCUGUCAGGCGUCUGUCUCAAUUCCCUGAUCCUCAUGAAGCCAAUGAGUUGAUUAGUCCCCUAGCUCUUGCUUAUCUUCAAGGCCACUCUCGGGCUAUUGAACUUCUUGCUGAGAGGGACGAAACCCGAAAUACCUUGAAUACGGCGCAUAUAGCUGCGAGAACGGGUCAGAGCCAUUAUAUUCGCUAUCUCUAUCGGAAAUUUCAUUCUUUGCAGGGCGCCUGCGAUGUGCAUUCGAUCCCACCUGCCGUCCAUGCCCUCUAUCUACAUAACGAUGAACAGAUCAAAGAGGUUCUCUCAGCGCUUAUUUAUCUGGAUGAGGAUGCGUUAGAUACUGUGGGCAUAUGGCAGCAUCAUUGGACAUGUGCUGAUCUUGCCAGGGCGAUGGGGAAAAGCGGUGAUCUGGUGGAUUGGCUGGAAGACAAAUGCCGGUCUAUUACGAGCUAA